CCACUGCACUUUUGACGAAUAGGCAUGAAACUACCACUCUCCGCGCUUUGUGCCAUCAGUGCAUUUUUAGUUAUAAAAGCUGAUGAAGAAGUGCCCCUGCCUCCUGAGUUCAGGCGCUGUAAUAGGAAUGCCGCAGAUUUCUCUUUAUGUGCGAGGCAAGCCAUUGAGGAAGCAUGGCCGACUCUUGUUAAAGGAAUUCCUGAACUUGGGAUUCCACAAUUGGAUCCCUUUGUGGUCAACUCACUAGAACAGGAAUUUCAUAGCGGCGUCUUACGUGGAAAGAUGAUAGUGAAAAAUGCAAGGGUUUAUGGUGCUGCAGGUCAUAAAUUCAAGUCAGUGAAGCUUCAUCUUAAUGGAGAUCGAUUCAAUAUGGAAAUGGAUGUGACAGUGCCAAAAAUUCUAACCGAGGGUGACUACAUGGGAGAUGGAUAUAUCAGUGCUUUUAAGAUAGGUGGAAAGGGGCAAUUUAAUGUUACCAUGGAAGGAAUCAAGACGUAUUUUAACAUCGAAGGACGUGUAGAGAAUGACAGAUGGGUCGUUGAACAUUUCAAAGUUUUCCCUGAAAUUUCGAAUAUGCACAUCUGGUUUAGUGACCUUUUCAACGGAAAUAAAGACCUCAAUAAAGCAGCCCUCAUUUUCUGCAACGAGUACUGGCCUGUUCUCUAUCGAGGAAUGUUACCUUACAUAUCGCCAUACAUGGACAACUACAUGACGGACUUCGCCAACCGUGUUUUCUCAAAAAUCUCGUUUUCAAAUAUGUUUCCUAGUGAAAAAUAGCCUUUAAUCGAUUUUUAUUACUAUUAAUUGCAAUACCCUGAAGAUCUAAAAAUCUUUAAAAAAUUGGUUUUCUUUCGAAACAAUUGAAAUCGCUGUUACGGUUAACCCUCAUAUUUAAUUUCUGUAUAUUAAAAUCUAUUUUACAUGGAAUUUUUAGAGAAAAAGGUAAAUGAAAGAAAAAUUUUAAUUUGAUUAAAAUAAAUUUUUUACAUUC